CAACCAGUUCCGUCAAGAUAAAAAGAUCCCUCAGCCCACAACUCAUUCUCCAAACCAACUGUGCCGGUCACACAUUCCAUUCUCUUACUUUUCUUCGUCACUCCUUCGCCCUUGACUCACUAUGAAGUCUUUCGUUUCCCUUCUCGCUCUUCCCGCUUCCUCGCUGGCUGGAACCGUGUUGUGGAGCGGCAUUUUCAACUCUUCUGCUACCGUCGAGGACUUUGAUGAUUGGUCAUGGUCCAACCAGAUCGAACCGUGGCAAUGGUACAUCCAUGGCACCGGCAACACGUCGGAUUACCUGGGUCUGUCCACGGACUUCAAGAACCCCGCCGACACGAGCGACGCCCAGGGGCUGCGCAUCAGCAUUGACGGCACCUCCUACUGGGAAGGUCAAACGAUGGAGCGCUCCGAACUGAUCCCCCAGACCAAGGCCGACCUCGGCUCCGGCCACCUCUACUACCACUUCUCCCUGUCGACCAAGACGACUAACGCGCCCGACGGCUCCCUCGAGCACCAGAUCGCCUUCUUCGAGAGCCACUUCACCGAGCUGCAGUACGGUCUGGCCUCUGGGGCAUCCGGGUCCUCCGACAACACACUCCGCUGGAACGCCGGCGGCAACACCCACUGGUCUGUGCAGCUGGAGGCCGGCAACUGGUACAACUUCGCGUAUGAUAUCGAUUUCGACGCGCAGACGGUGGGUCUGUGGGCGUCCAACGGCUCCGACCCCUUGACCGAGGUUGUGUCGCCCGUCAGCGCGUCCGCCUCGUCCAACUCGGCCGACUGGCACGUCGGCGAGCUGCGUCUGCCUGGCAGCGGAAGCUCGAACGAUGCGGCGGAGGAUUGGUUCUGGUCUGGUGUUUAUGUUGAGGAGGCGCCGAUCACGAAGGAGAUUGGGUCGGGUAGCGCGUCGAGCUCCAGCUCCAGCUCUGCGGACACAUCUAGCUCUGUCAGCUCUGCCAGCUUGUCGACCUCUUCCGCUCCCAAGUCCACCGCCGAGGCUACCUCAAGCACCACCGUCGCCGCUGCCACUACCAGCACUGCUGCCUCGACCACUACCUCUGCCACUCAGACUGUUGCCACCGCUGAACCCGUCGUUGUCUCCUCCGCAGCCACUAGCUCCGUCUCCACUGCCGCUGCGGCCGUUCUGGAUGAUAUUCGCGCUAUCUUCGGUGCGCUUGUCUCUCGGUCCAGCGGUGUGCAUGCUCGGGACUUUGCUCGUCGUGCUUAG